UGGAAGUUGGCAGGUGGAAAGUCAGGUUGGGAGGGGAAGCCGGAGGAGGAGGCGGAAGAAGAGCUGUCUGAAGGGGGAGGAGGGAGGGAGGAAAAGAGGAGGAGGCGGAGGAGAACUGAGCGGAGCAUCGAGCCAGAGGGGAGAUGAGUUUGUCUGUCCUCGGCUAAGGCUCCGGCCCGGCCUGAGGAACUGGGAGCUCGGGUUGGAGCAACACCCGUGGAAGUGGGAGGCGGCGGCUCUGGGACUUUAACCCCUUGUGGGCUCUGCGGCAGGGGAUUUAACCCUUUGUGGAUUCGGCCCCUUCGAGGCAGCGUCAUCGGGUAGUUUUAACCCUUUCGGGGUUGGGUUUAACCCAUUGGACUUAAACCUCAUCUCCUUGCCCACCAACUCCUCGACUGUGGGAGCACUCGGCGGGGAGGCGUGAAGCCCACCCCUCUGCAUAUUACGUACGGUUCCUGCCGCCGAACCCCCUGUACCUACUAGUUGGCCACGCUUGUGUGCGCUUAACCCUUUAUUGACUGGACUCCAAGUUGCGAUUGGAGUUUGCUGACAGGAACGGAAGGAGUCACUGCAGAAAUUACUGACCGAAGAGGACUUUGUUGGACAUAUUUUGAAAGAAAGACCUUUUUCCUUAAGCCAGAAUUUCUCAAACUUCCAGAAGAGGACUCUACUAAGCCAUGGCCGAGCCACUCUUGUCAGAACAGCAACACCAGCCUCAAACUAGCAACUGUACAGGUGCUGUUGUUGUCCAUGAAGAGCACAACUCUGAGCGCCCCCCAAGCGCGGAGGAACGGGUGCCCAAGGAGGACAGUAGGUGGCAAUCGAGAGCGUCCCUGCAGUCCGGUAGCCGUCCAGGGCAGGAGGGGGACGGGGGCCUGAAGCACCAGCUGUCCCCAUUGCAGACGAAUGCUUGUUCAGAAUUGAGUUCCCUGGAAGAGGGCGAGAAGGGCCAGAAUGGGGAGGACUUAUCCACUGGCGGUGCCUCUCCGUCGGCGGAGGUGGAGCCGAUGUCAGAGUCUCUCGUGCAGCCAGGUCAUGACUCGAAGGCCACCAAGCUGGAGGCUCCUGCCGGUGGAGGCGAGGAGCCAUGGGGACAGCAACAGAGACAGCUAGGCAAGAAAAAACAUCGGAGACGCCCCUCCAAGAAGAAGCGGCAUUGGAAGCCCUACUACAAGCUGACCUGGGAAGAGAAGAAAAAGUUCGACGAGAAGCAGAGCCUUCGAGCCUCGCGGGUUCGAGCCGAGAUGUUCGCCAAGGGCCAGCCGGUUGCGCCCUAUAACACCACACAGUUCCUCAUGGAUGACCACGAUCAGGAGGAGCCUGAUCUUAAAACCGGUCUUUACCCCAAGCGGGCAGCCGCCAAAUCCGACGACACCAGCGAUGAGGAUUUUGUGGAAGAAGCUGGUGAGGAAGACGGAGGCAGUGAUGGCAUGGGAGGGGACGGCAGCGAGUUUCUUCAGCGGGACUUCUCGGAGACGUACGAGCGGUACCACGCCGAGAGCCUGCAGAACAUGAGCAAGCAGGAGCUCAUCAAAGAGUACCUGGAGCUGGAGAAGUGCCUCUCCCGCAAGGAGGACGAAAAUAACCGGCUGCGGCUGGAAAGCAAGCGGCUGGGAGGCGUCGACGCGCGAGUGCGGGAGCUGGAGCUAGAGCUGGACCGGCUGCGCGCCGAGAACCUCCAGCUGCUGACCGAGAACGAACUGCACCGGCAGCAGGAGCGAGCGCCUCUUUCCAAGUUCGGCGACUAGACUGAAAACUUUUGGGGGGAGGGGGCAAAGGGGACUUUUUACAGUGCUGGAAUGUAACAUUAUAUACAUGUGUAUAUAAGACAGCGGACCUUUUUAUGACACAUAAUCAGAAGAGAAAAUCGCCCUGGCUUUGGUUUGGUAAAUUUAGCUAUGAUAUUGCUUGUGUGCUUUCUCCUGUUCUUUAAUUAUGUGAAACUGAAGGGUUGCUUUUCUUGUUUUCCUCCUUAGAUGUUGUUUCUUAAUGUGCAAGUAAUUUGACCAAGUUAUAAUGCAUUUUUCUGUUUAAAAAAAAAAAUCCCCUCCUUAAGCGGAGCUAUAAGGUGGCCAAAUCUGAGACCCAUUACAUUCAUUCUAGUUAUAAUAAAUUUAAUGUUUGUAAAUGUAACAGUUUCAGUGUGAUUUCUAGAGAUUCAAAAUCGUGCUGGUUUGUGUGACUAAUUUUGAGGUGGGGUAGCAAAAUUGUUAAAUUUAUCUAUUUGCAAAAAUACUUGAAUACAAGAAAUUCAGUUUGUUCCCUCCACCCCCACCAAUGGGUUUUGGUAUGCUUCAAAAUACAGUUCAGGUAAAAUGUACUCAGUGUUAUCUUCAGUCCUUGAGUGUGCCUGCUUCCUAAUGCUGGGGAGUAGAAAGUGGCUACAGGCAGCAGCUUAGCUUGUGCGCCUUGUUAGCUUGCUAACAAAAGUAUAAGCCUGAUUUGGCAAUUGUUAGAUAACUAAAAGCCUCAUUUCAUCUCUACAAGUCAAGUUUUCAGUAAUCCUGGCUUCCCUCCUAACCACCCCACAAAAUUCCAAUGGAGUUCCUGUUUGCCUUCCUAGGUAAGUAAGGCUCCUGGUAAACUUGCUUUCUUAGUACAACCAAAAGAUAGCCAAGAUAAACUUGUGAGAAAACAUGUUAGAGACAUGUUAGACUUCAAAUGGCUAAGUGAUCCAAGGACUUAGUGUCAUUGUCCAAUACUUAAGUACUUUUUCUAUUGAAAAAAAAGAAAGAAAAGCUGCCCUUUCCAUUACAAUCAAACAAAUCUGAAAUGCCCCUUUCUACAAGUAAAGAAGUGGGCUGAGGUCUUCAGAUGAAUAAAAAUCCUGCAUGUUCCCAGUACAGCAGCGAUUCCCAAUCUCCUGGGCUCCCUGGACAGCUGCCUAGGUUAGGUCUGCUCUUGAAAUGGCAGGGAGGCUCUGAGAACUAAUCCUUACCUCAGAAUCAAAAGGGUAAAUUCAACAAUUGUUCUUUCUUAUCAGUACAGUUAAUGCAACCCUGUCACCUGACCUGUGUCAGUGUUUCAUUCGGGCAGAUAUUGCUAAAAUUAUUAGCACAACUGGAUCCUUGACUUGGAGUCUUAAAAACCAUAGGGGGCCUUGGGGGUCCACAAGCCCCACAAAAUUGUAUGUGUGAAUAUAUAUAUAAUAUAUGUGUAUAUUAUAUAUAUUGAAUAUAUUAUAUAUAUUCAAGUGGGUUCAAGAGACUCAGGAGGUUGGCUGAAUUCCUUGCUGGUUAAAAACCCCCUUAGGGUGGGGGGGCAACAGUGACUGAAACAUCAACAAUGAAAUAAAUGCUCCUUAUGAUUCAUAAGUAGCAUAUAUAAGUCAAUAAUCAAGGAACGCUGUGCUAGGAGGACAGCUUGGGGCCUUCAGAACCAAGCUUGCUGGUCUUAUUCUGGCAGGUGGUCUACUGCAGAAACUGUAAAAUCAAAGUUUUCUUUGAUCUAAAGAUUGCAUUAAAUGUCUAUUUUGAAA